UCUCCGCAGAUCAUAGUAUUUGCCUCUUGCCAAGCACAGAUGUGGAUUUGUCUGCUUGUGUAACUUUCGCUAGUCUUUCAGCAUUCCACUUCUCUUCUGCGGCAUGUGCUAAUCUCUGACCAAAUUAAGACCUGUAGCCUGCAAGAACUGACUGGUGCUGGCGUCACGAACACAGGGUCCAGCCGCCACAAGCUCCCUAAACAUCCCCACCAUCAAGGGCACCUCAACUUCCAUCUGGCUGGUGUUCCCUGCAACAGAGAGUGCCCCCGGAGGAUGCUGUCUUCCCAUUCACUGUACGCCAUCCCAGGAAGGCAUCUGCUAACUAUACCUGACAUGUCGAAUAUUACAAUCCCAUAUUACAAUGCAUCAAACUGCAGCAUCGAUGAUUUCCGUAACAAAGUCUACUCUACUGCGUACUCAAUGUAUGCAGUAUUCGGUCUUAUUGGCAAUAGCUUCGCUUUAUUCGUUCUGUUAAGGACCUACAGCCAGAGAACAGCUUUCCAUAUCUACAUGCUCAACCUUGCCAUCUCUGAUCUGCUGUUCAUCUGCACCCUUCCAUUGAGAGUGGUCUAUUACGUCAGCAGGGGACAGUGGUAUUUUGGUGGGUUUUUAUGUCGAAUCAGUUCCUAUGUCUUCUACGUGAACUUGUACUGCAGCAUUUUCAUUCUGACGGCAAUGAGCGUAACACGCUUUCUGGCUAUAGUUUUCCCAGUUAAAAAUCUUAGAUUUGUGUCUAUAAAGAAAGCAAAGUGGGCAUGUGCAGGAAUAUGGCUCUUUGUAACGCUAACAAGCUCACCAUUUAUCAUGAGUGGGUCAUAUGUAGACCCCCAAACCAAUCUAACCAAAUGUUUCGAGCCACCGCCUUCUGAAGGUACAAAAAAAAUGGUGCUCAUUCUCAACUACAUUUCUUUCAUUAUUGGCUUCAUUAUUCCAUUUAUUGUAAUAUUGGUGUGCUACACCAUGAUUAUAAAAACAUUGCUCAAGAACUCUAUGGCAAAACAACAGACUUCCAGGAAGAAGGCCAUUCGAAUGAUUAUCAUUGUCCUGAUUGUGUUCUUCCUAAGCUUUAUGCCCUAUCAUAUCCAACGGGCAAUACACCUUCACACCGUAAACAAAAAGGACUGCAAUGAGACGUUAUGGGAGCAAAAGAAGGUAGUGAUCACAUUAGCCCUUGCAGCCUCUAAUUGCUGUUUUGAUCCCAUGCUCUACUUUUUCUCAGGAGAAAACUUUCGAAGGAGGCUCUCAACCUUCAGAAAGCACUCAGUUACAAGUAUGGCGCACGAGGGUAAAAAGAACAGGAAAAAGUCAGGAAGCUUACAUGACAAGUCUGAAGUUUUUCCUGCCUUGGAGAAGCAAGACAGUGAUGAAAGUUAAGUACCUGCAUCAAUCUUACAUUGGCUGACCUAUAGAGUAUCCUUUAUCCAUGCAACAACAAUUGAGAUAGAUCGGGUCAUGGUGCAUGUCUUCGAUAAACACAAGCUUUUAACCAUGCCCAAAGAGCCAUGUGUAGCUUCAUCCACGAAAAGACUAGAAGGUUUUCUGCUCCAGAAAAGAAGGAGGCUUCCAUACUCCAAUUUUACUGGUUUGAUGGUUAGAGCAGUAAAUUUACUUUCCAUUGGUGAUGAACAGAACUGUAUCCAGGUAGACUACCUUAUGAAUAUGCUCGUUGUGGACGAUGAGUGCAACGGACAUCUAUUAUGAACUUUUUUUUAUAGAGACCUUUAUCUUCAUUGCACUAUUUUGAGGGCUUUGUAUUAAGCAAACCAAGUUUUGCCUACUCUUGGGUACAAUAGACAGAUGCUGCACUGGAUCAAUUAGCCAAAAAUGGACCUCUGAACCAUAGUAUAAUUUACUCAAGAAUUGUAAGACUUUAUUGCACUGAGGUACAUGUUUUUUUUUUUGUGUUUGGUGGAAACAGUAUCUGUAGUUAAGAUUUACUGAAACUUUCAACAGGCUUAAAAGGACUUUGAGAAAAUAUCAAGCUUUUAAUAGUGUUACUGUUAAUGUCUAUGUUUAUCCUGGAAAGUGUCAAUAUGGUAAGCAUUCUUGUAUCUUGGCUCACAGGCACAAGUCACGAAUGUAAUAACUUCAUGAUUUAUGUCUUAUAUUCUAAACCAGUGAAAAUGUUGGUUUUCUUCCCUUUCUUCUCUGCACAAGAAAUCCUGAGAUGGAUGAGUGACAAAAUGACAAGCUCUGUAAGUUAUUAGAAGUAACAAAAAAAUUACUUAGAAGCUGUUAAUUUCAUGACACUCAUCUCAGGAUUUUUAAAACCAGGAGAAAAGGUAAUGAAGGAAAUAUCAGUAUACUGUAUAUCAAUGUAAUGACUACUGCCUAGUUGUACAGACUUGAAAAAAUUGUAAAGGUCUAGCAAAGCCA